AUGCAUUUCAUCUAUUCGUGCGCUAUGUUUGUCUACUUGAAGUAUACUGGGCUGGGCAGAGUAUUCUUCCUGCAACUUCUGAAAGCGAACGUCGCCGAAGUCCAAAGCACUACUUUGACAGUCGUCAUUAUUGUCCACUUUAUCAGAACGUUCGUUGUGAUCGCUAUGAACGGCAGGGACUCAAACCAUGUUAUCUAUCACGUGGUCCCCAAAGACCCUCAUUGGCUAUUUGUUGGCCCUCAGUACCACGCUCUACACCAUGUUCAUCCUGAUCGAUUCAUGGCCUCGGUGGUUAAGAUAUUUGAUUGGGUCGCCGGAACUGCGUACUCAUUGCGGAACAAGAAUGUCGCCAUUACGGGCAGCUCGGGUGCUUUUGGAUCCUCCAUUUUAUCGCAGCUACAGACUGAAGGGGUCCGGAACAUAUAUACCUUGGAAUUCGGGACACAUUGGACUUAUAGGGAUCUCAGCAAAGUCGGUCCAAUCUUUGACAAGGCGGAUAUUCUCAUCUUGGCCCACGGCACCAAAAAUCAGGAUGCCAUGGAAGCAAACUGCAAUUCAACCAUCCGGCUUAUUCGACUUUACAUGGAACGAAGACUCAGUGGGGCAAGUGGUGGCAGAAUAUUGCCAGAGAUCUGGUAUGUGGGCAGCGAAGUUGAGAUGCAUCCCACAUUUGGGGUGACAGAUAUGCAACGAUAUGCCCACUCGAAACGGGCUUUCGUACCUUACGCGCGUGCCCUAUAUGACUGUCCGCAUGUUGUGUAUCGGCAUAUAGUCCCUGCCGCCUUUCAAUCCCGAAUGGAUAACGCUUUCGUUUCUUCGGAGUGGGCUGCCAGUUCAACUAUGUGGUGGAUUCGACGCGGGGCACGUUAUAUCCCCGUGACCUACACUGGGAUCGCAGAUUUGAACUUCUUGAAGUUCGCGUUUUGGGUCCGUCCUGACAAGGAUAUGGUGGCUGGGAUCGGUGUUGGGAACCGAUUUAUGGAUACCCCAGGCGAAAAGGGAAGGCUGCCUUAA